UUUUGUUUUUAGCCAGUGCAUCUUUAAAAUGCAGAAAUUUGAAUCUCGGAUCCAAUACAUUAGCUAACGCCAGAACUGAAUUAAAUUCAAGUUUGUCAAAUCUCUUAUUCAUGCUCUUUUGCAGUUCACUUUUUAGCUCCCCUACAAUUGCGUCUUGAGCUGAAAAUUUUAUCAGAGCUUCAGUUAAACAGCUUACUAAAGGUAUAACCUUGCUGAUGGUAACGUAGGUAUCAGCCGAAAUCUCCCUGGUCACAAUUUCAAAACACUUUAAUAAUUCAAUCACCUCCUUAACCCAUUAAUGACAACGUCUGAUGUAUCAUACGCAAAAAGAGCUUUUUUUAAAAAUUCGUCAAAAAUCCGAAAUGAAAUAAAAGCUUUUUAUAUUUGCAGUGUGAGCGAGAUAAAAGGAUUGUUGCAUUAGAAAAGCUUUUUAAUUGUCGCUUAAAGCUCAUUUGUUUACAAUUUACGUAGCAUUUUUCGGAAAAGUGAAUAAUGACUCGAAGACAAGCAACAACUGAGGAGAUAGUUGGAUGGCUCCAAGAUUUAAAUGAAGAUGAUGAUGCAGAGAUUAUAGAAAACAUCAAUAAUGCCAAUUUUAUUGAUGUGACUUUGCUCCCCCCCGAAGAACAGGAGUUAUCCGAUUGCGAUGACGCAGAUGAAGACGAUGAAGGUACACUGGGUGAUUUGGGUCGUGGAGUUCUUAAAAGGGCAUGUGAAAUAAGAAUUGAUAACUCAGAAGUGGAGGAGCCACAGUUUCUAAAUGAAGCGAGCAGUUCACUAGCCCCACGUACAAGGACUUCAACUCAAAGGAAAACUAAAAAAAAGAAGAUUUGCCGAAAAUGGUCCAAGAUAGUACUAAAAGCAAGUGAAUGUUCUAUCACAGCAAUACGCGAGCAUACUCCGGACAUUGUAGCAGAUAUUUUGGAAAAUGAUUUAAGUCCAAUACAACUUUUUAAAAGAAUUUUUGAUAGCGAAUUUAUGGAAUGUAUACAAUCAGAGACUGUUAAGUACGCCAUAAACAAAGGAGAUGAAGCUUUCACCGUAAGUCUUGAGGAGUUAUACACAUAUUUCGGCAUCCUUAUACUAAGUGGAUACAACAAGGUUCCAGCUACUCGCAUGUACUGGGAGACAGAAAGUGAUGUGUACAAUCAUUUAGUGGCAGGUUCAAUGGCGAGGAAUAAGUUUGAAAAAAUACAUCGCUACCUUCAUUUCAAUGAUAAUACACAAAUUGAUUCGAAUAAUAAGGCGUUCAAAGUUCAGCCUGUUCUUGAUCAUUUAAAUACAAAGUUUAAAGAGCUUGGAAAACCCUUUGGAACUUCAUUUUCUGUAGACGAAUCGAUGGAGCCGUAUUUUGGUAAGCAUUCUUUCAAGCAGUUUAUACGAGGAAAACCAAUUCGCUAUGGAUACAAAAUUUGGUGUAUGACUACUUCAGAAGGAUAUUUGUUGAACUUCGAUUUGUACACCGGAAAAAGCAUGAUUCGAUCUAAUGAGCCCUUAGGUUUAUCUGUCACAAAAAGUUUAUGUUAUGACAUAGUUCCCGAACACAGCACUGUAUUUCUAGAUAACUAUUUCAAUAGUUUUAAAUUAUUAGAAGAGUUUGAUAAGAAAAAUAUAACAGUGGUGGGAACGAUUCGCUCGGACCGUAUUGAAAAUGCUCCUUUGAGCAGCAUGAAAAGAGAACUCUACGUGGUACUUGUGAAGCACUAAAAUCUAAAAAUAUUACCCUAGUUAGGUGGAAUGAUAACAAUAAUGUCACCAUUGCAACAAAUUGUAAAAACGACAACAUAACGACAACAACCGGAUUAUGCAAAAGAUAUGAUCGACAACAGAAACGGAGACAAGACGUAAAGCAAACAGUCAUUGUCAAGGAGUAUAAUUCGGGAAUGGGUGGAGUCAAUCUCUUUGACCAGCAAAGGGCAGCGUACCGAACUCGGAUUCGGUCAAGAAAAUGGUAUUGGGCCAUUUUCAGAUUUUGCUAAAAUGGUGCCGUUGUAAAUUUAUGGAUAUUAUUUCGGAAAGCUUAUCCACAAGUUACUCUUCUCUUGAACAUACUUUCAAAGCCAAUAGAUUUUCAUCCAUUCUCAUCACGAAAGAGAAAACGAGAAAACGAAACUAGAUACGACGGAGUCGAGCACUACGUAAAUUACUCAAAAACUCAGCGCCGAUGCAAAAAUUGUGGAAAGUGUACGAAAUUUAUAUGCAUGAAAUGUAAUUUUGGCUUGCACCCAGAUAACUGUUUCUACAAUUAUCAUGUAAACUGAGUCAGCAACUGAAUCUGAAAACAAACAGUGAAUAUGUCAUUAAAUAUAUAAAUACGAUGUCAAUUUGAACUCAAAAGUUUUAGUGAUGUUUACAUUUUAUUUUCAUAGAGGCAGGUCUCCGUAUACGUUUAUGUAUGAUAUAUCAUACGCUCCGCCGCGCCUACAUCUUUUAAGAUAUUUUUUUGAAAAUUGGAAAUUACCCUUUUAAUAUCAUUACAGACGUCUGCUUAAAAUUUCUGUAGCUUAUCAUAGCGGGUUUUAGGUGUGAGCAGUAAUGGGUUAAUUUUGUUCAGUUCGGAGGCAUUAACCAUAGAGGGUGCUUCUGGGCAAGUGAGCAGUACUUCACUUAAAAUAGGGACUAACUGGAUAAAUCCUUUUCAUUGGGGGUGUUUUUUUUUACGUGGCGGGUCCCAAACCCAGCGCACAACCCUACGCAAGGAAUGUUUCGCCUUCUCACUUUAGCUCGCCUUCAAACGGAUGUUCUUAUGCUACCCAGAGGAUACUUGGUCAAAGCCCGGAAGUCGUGAGCUGCUUGAGUCAUAUGUAAAAGAAUCGUUUCUGGCCACUCCCAAGUGAAUAACGGAUGUGAGUGCUUGGAGCGCACUUAUGAGAGAUGCCCCCGCCACGAUGUCAAAAUCGUGCUUGGCGACUUCAACGCCAGGGUGGGCAAAGAAGGUAUCUUUGGCACUACGGUCGGUAAAUUCAGCCUCCACAAAGAAACAUCCACAAAUGGGUUGAGGCUGAUCGACUUCGCCGGGGCCCGAAAUAUGGUUAUCUGUAGUACUAGAUUCCAGCAUAAGAAGAUACAUCAAGCUACCUGGCUGUCUCCGGAUCGAAAAACCACCAACCAGAUCGAUCAUGUUGUGAUAGAUGAAAGACACGUCUCCAGUGUUUUAUUUGUGCUUCGAGGUCCUAACAUCGACUCGGAUCACACUCUUGUUGCAGCCAAGAUUCGCACCCCCCUCUGUGCAGCAAAAAAACGCUAACAAACACAAGGAAGGCUCGACGUCGGGAAGAUGCAAUCACAACAAAUAUUGAAUCAUUAUCAGUUACACAAGCAGAAACUUUAUUUAUGGAAACGUUCCUUUCGUUGAAAAGUUUAAACAUAGUUUCUUCUAAAUAAGCUGCUGUAUGACUUUCGUGCAGUUCGAUUACUCCUAACGUCCCACUCAACAAACAUAAAUUGUCUAAAAAAUGAAUUGUUACCCCAAGGAACGGCUGAUUUUUCAAUGUCUCCAUCCAUAUGUCAUACGUUAGGCAAUAACUGUCGCACUUACGAAUGUACUCUUUGAAAAAAGAAGACAGCGCUUCAUAUUUUUCAUCCACUCGUAAUUUAAUUGUUUCUGCUCUUGGAACUUUAAAACGGAACCAGUUCUUUCACUUCCUGCAGAAAACCUUUUCCUUCUACACUGGAAAAUGGCUUGUUGUCCAUUAUAAUAUAUUUCACAAUUGCUUCAGUAAUUUUCCUUGAUUUAGGGCCAUCUUAGUAAGAAAUACUUUUGACCUUCUCAAAAAAGUCUUUCACAUUAGGUUGGAUCAGCGCUGGCAACUGAUCCGAUUUAUUUUGCAGUACUGACGGUGUACAUGAACUAGGAGAUGAUUCAAUACAUGCAGUUUUCUUAUUACUAUUGUCGGAUAAUUCACUUGACGCUGUUGUCCCAGCGGUUGGUGAUGUGUUAAUUAUUUCAGAAAUUUUUCGCUGUUUUGAUUCCGAGUGCGGCGUAGUUUUGGAGGAGCAUUCUGCAUUAUCAACUUAAUCGAGUAAUACCUUUUUAUGUAUGUCCUCAACGUGACAGCGAAGAUUCGACGUGUUAGCUGACGUUUUUAAAUUCUUGUUGCAGGAGUUUUGCAUGUGGCGGAAGCAUCUGAAUUCCAGACCUUGCUUUUUAAUUUUGAGGGCAGCUUUUUGAAUCUGAAAUAUCAUGUACAUAUUUAACGUCUAACACAAUUAUUUACAUAUAUUCUAUAUUCACUACACCUGUAAUAAAGUUGUGAUUGACAGCAGAUGAAUUCGAAACAAAACUUAUAAUGUAUUAAACGCUCAAAAACAACUUCUAACACACGUAGCAUGUAAUAGACUAUCACACAAAAUGUAUUUUCGAUUUUUUGUAAAACUUAUUUCGCAUUAAUUCAUAAUUAUUAGUAUUAUUCAAGUGCACAUUCAACCAACGAAUUCUCCAUAUUUUACAACAAAACACAUGACAGUUUGCUAAAGCGUUUCGAAGCAGAGUAAAAUUUGAAAAAACAUCGAUCCAGGCAACAUCGAUGCAUCGUUUGCAUCCCUACCAGAAACGUGUUCUGCUGUUAAAAAAUAAUUUAAUUUAAUUUACUCAUAAAAGAACACAAUACUUAAAUAUUGAUUUGUGGGAAGAAUUGUGAGAAGAAUUGUGAGACAUACAGUAUAUAGUACGUAUACAUACAUAUUUUAUUCGUAACUACAUAGUUUGUUAUAUAUACAUAUUGGGUUGUCAAAAAAGUCUCGCGUUAUUUUUAUUGAAUUCUCUUUUAUUGAAAUUAUAAUGAAUUUUUGAUGACUCAUGCCCAGCUCUUGACCGGCCUUCCGGAACGUAGCGCAUCUUCGACCACCUCUACACCAGAACGAAAACGUUGAAACCAUCGUUGUGCGGUGGAAAUGGAAACUGUAUCGGGUCAAUAAACUGCACAAAUUUUAUUGGCGGAUUGAGAUGCAUUUUUGCCUUUAUCGUAGUAGUACUGUAAAAUAUGCCGUAUUUUCUCUUUAUAUUGCUCCAUGUUUUCGACGCCAUAACUCACGAACGACUUAAAAGAAACGACAAUCAAUCAAACACGUGUUAGCGCGUGAAAUGAGCUUUCUAAAAAGGUAUAGCAUAACCCGAUGCAAUGAAUAAAACUAGAACAACGCGCUUUCAGCGCCAACUACUGAAAAUACCGCAAGACUUUUUUGACAACCUAAUGUAAUAACUUUAGAAUAAGAGCCACAGAUGUUUAUAUGUUUUGUUGUGAGUGAAUAUCGUUGUAUAAACCUAUAAUACCAUGUUCAGACCGACACUUAAUCACACGAUUUCGGCUGUUGAAUAGAUUAUCCCACUAAUCUUAAAAAUUUAUCAAGAUUUCGCCAUACAAAAAUUACAGUUCCAAAUCACUUCAUUGAAAUGAUUUGAAACUGAUCCACGCAAAAUCUCUCUGUGCGACUCUGAUUUUGCGCCAUCUAUUUGCCAGCAUUGGAAAUCUGUUACAUUAUCACAGCUGAUUUAGAUACUGCAAAGAGGAAAAAAUGUAAACAAACAAAUUUUUUUAAAGCAAUGAAUCUAAUUUCACCUGAAAAACGACUUAACAAAUGAAAAAAUGCGUCCACUAUUUCUAUUAUAUGGAAAAUAUUUGAAAAAAGACGGCUUUUAUUUCAAAAUCUAUAUGACAAUCUUUUCUUUUGAUAAAUAUUAAGCGACGUGACUUCAUGAAUGACAAUAACAGCUGUUUUUUGAUCUUUCUAACGGCAGUGGGAACACUGUUGGGUUAUGAAAUGCUUAAAUGUAAUCUAAUCUUUAAAAUUUUCGGUCUGGACAGUGCAUGCAGAGAGGAGAUUCCACAUGCUUGAAUUUGUACAAAUAGCUUCUGAAGCAGCCGUGGCCAGAUAGAAACUGCGUGAGGUAUUAGUCCAUCUCCCCAUUAUAUUGGCUAGGUGACAUGUUAGCCCUCAUAUCACGGACUGAUAAGCAACGUUCUGCUGCUAUGCCUAUGGGGAGUCUUCCCGAUAUAACAUGGAAUGCAUCAUCCGACACUGUUCUGAAUGCACAGCAAGUUCUCAAUGACGCCAGUCUGUGAACCGAAACAACUCCUCUCAUAUAUGAGCUAUGUUUAAUAGCAGAUAUCCAAAUUGGCGCCGCGUAAAGAAUGAGGAGCUACUGACCCUUGUCAGCAGCUUUCUGACAAGUUGUCUGGGGCCUCGCAUAUUGGGCAUUAUUCUUGCUAUUGCCGACAUGGACCUCGCCGCUUUGGUGUGUGUGCCCAUUAGGUGCUGCUUAAACGAAAGUCUAUGAUCCAGGAUUACUCCAAGAUAUUUUAGGUGUGGACUGUACUUUAUGGUAUGUCCAUCAAUACAUAUCUCAUUUGUUUCCACCUUUUCUCGACUACUCAUCAAAACAACCUCCGUUUUGUGAGCAGCUAGUUGUAAGCCAGCGGUCUCGAGCCAUCUUUUAGUAUUGCUGAUGCUUUCAUUGCACUUGUUCCUCGCCUCGUCCAGAGUUUUCGCUACUACUACGACCGCAAUGUCGUCCGCAUAACCUACUAUGUUUACCGCAUCUGGCAUCGUGACUCUCAGAACACCAUUAUACAUCACGUUCCAGGGUACUCGGCCGAGAACUGACCCUUGCGGAACACCGCCUGUAACUUUAUAUGAUUCAGGUCCAAAGUAGCUUGCCACAAUUCGGAUAAGGUAGUCCGGAACCUUUAACUCUGGCAGAGCUUUAAUGAUUAGAGUCCAGUUCGCUGAGUUGAAGGCGUUUUUGAUACCCAGGGUAAUCACAACAUAGUAUUUUUUCACCCCAGCGCCAUCUACUCCCUUCCAAUGCUGUUCCUGCUAUUUUGGUAACUGCAUUUAUUGCAUCCACUGUGCUUCGUCCUUUCCUGAAACCGAAUUGCAUUGGAUUCAAUCCAGCGUCUCUUUCCUAUUCGAGCAUUUCCGUAACACAGACUUUUGUUUUCCAGCGUUUUAAUACGCUUUUGGGUGCGAAAACACUUGAGUUUUGCUUAUUCUGUAUAUUGAUAUCAAAAAUUAUAGCUUGGUGAUCACUAUGUGCAUACACGUCCCAAAAUCUCCAUGAGGUUUGGGUUGCAAUCGACGAGCUUACGAAGGUGAGGUCAAUAUACAAUGACGCUCUUCCUUUGAUAAAAGUUGGCUUGUAUCCGUUGUUAAGGAGUACAAGAUCAAGAUUUGCAAGUGAUGACAGUAGGGCUGUACCCCUCGCGUUUGUGAUCAUACUCCCCCAUUCAACCACCCAUGCAUUAAAGUCACCAGGAUUGACUAGCGGUGUCUUUCCUCUUGCGCGCGAUGGGAGCCUAAAGAGCAUAUCCUGGAAUUCAAAAAGGGAUAGCAACUGUAAAACGGCGUAGUAAGUGUAAAAAUGUAUGCCAUUUAUCUUUGCGUACACGAAGCCCUUUUCUUUAAUGGUCUGAGUAUUGUUAAAGGUCCAUAUCGCAGAUUUCGAGUCUUUUUCCUCGACCCAGUUAUUAUCAUUUUUUGGGGUCUUAUAUGGUUCACUAAGUAAUAGUACGUCUGUGUUAAGGUUCAAGGCGGUUUUCGUCAGCAAUGCUUGGGCUGCCGAACAAUGGUUUAGAUUUAACUGAAGACACCUCAUCAUUGCGGUUUUGCAGCAGCCUUUUUAUAAGCUGGGCAGCUAAAACUACCAGUCGGGUCCUUAUUUGUCCCUUGUGGGCAUAAGAGACAUAAUGGCUCCUUUGCGGCAUGCCCAUUUUCUCCACAUCUAUAGCAAGAGCCGGUGAGAUCUCUGCUGCUGAGAUCUCUGAGUUUUUUUGAUGUUGCCAAAGGGACACUGAUAAUGGCAAAUUGAGUUUCCUCUUUAAGCCGUCGCAUAGAUUUGAUGGCACUACGUUCUACAUUCUCUUACAUACAUACUUCCUCGGCUGUCGUUGCUCAUCUAAAUCUCUAAUGACUAGCGUAGCUGCUUGUGCCAGAACUUCUGCCAUUAGGACCUCUACUGCGCGUUCUUUGAGUAUUUAAGAGAGCUCCUUCGUUUUUGCUUUAAGUUUUAAGAGAAGUUCACCUUUCGCUAUUCUCCUUGCUUUGCUCAAGCUGUCACCGAGGUCUUGAUCUAGGGUCUGAUUUUAUUUUCUUUAGCAUUUCAGCGUAAGACAUCUCACUGGCCUUCGAAAUCACCAGGGCUGCUGUGCACUUCAGUUUCCGUUUUGGGAUCAUUGGUUCAGUUUUUUUCAAUUCCGGUUUAUUACGCUUGUUUUUCACCAGUUGCCAUUCAGGUGCCUGAUUUUCCGGGUGAGGGGCUACACUGUCAGGUAUUUUCGUUUGUUGACUGUGGUAAUCAUUUCGUCUCUUACUCUUUGAGGUUUCUUUCUCGUUAUCAAGUUUGCUCUUCGUUUGCAUCGCAAGCACAAGCCACGGCGAAGUUUGGGACGUGUUUUCCCUCCUUUCACAGGGGUUUGGAUUGGUAGCACGCUCAGAGGCAGCUAGCUCAUAUAGUGAGGUUAUCCGUCCUAUUGUGUCCCUCAUGGUUUGGUGGAUAGACCGUCUCUUUCCAUCCUCAAGCAUAGUAACCAGACUGCCAAUAUGUUCGCCGAGUUGAUAGAAGGCUAGCAUAUUUCCUCCAGUAAUGGGUUUCCUUGCCAUAGGAGUUACAUUUUGCUGCUUGUCUUGUUCAACACCCGCUGCUGUGCUGCUUUCAUGAUUGGUAUGUAGUGGCGGUGUUCGCAUUACAUUUGAGCUUCGCCUAAAGGCCAUGUUUAUGGCGAAACGAUAUCAUACAGAUCGAACGCACAUGUGUGUCGGGUAUGUAUUGUAUUACGAAUGUCACAUUUGGUACGGUUUGCCUACUAAUAUUCUACUCCUUACAAGUAAGGAAGGGCUAAGUUCGGAUGCAACCGAAAAUUUCAUACUCUUGUAUUUGCAGGAAUCAAAGCCAAGGAAAUAUCUUAAGGUAAGGUAAAAUGUCAACCAGAGAACUGGUUGAUCUGAUCUAAGCAAUCAUAUAUAUCCAUGCACUCUAUAUAACUCGUACAGGCAUAUUCGGCGUAAUGUUUAUUAAACAACGUUUAAUAAUGAUUAAACAAUCAUUAUAAGUAAUAUAUGGGAGUUGGGAAAGUAUAGACUCGAUUUUAUCCAUUAAUUAUUAUCAUGCCACAUACUAAAAAAUAUUUACUGGGUUUCAUAAAGGUACCUUAUACCAUGUCCAGACCGACACUUAAUCACACGACUUCAGCUGUUGAGUGGUUUAUCCCACUAAUCCUAUAAAUUUAUCAAGAUUUCGCUAUACAAAAAUGACAGUUCAAAAUCACUUUAUCGAAAUGAUUUGAAACUGAUCCACGUAAAUCUCUCUGUGUGACUCUGAUUUUGUGCCAUCUACUUUUCAGCAUUGAAAAUCUGUUGCCUUAUUACAGCUGAUUUAGAUACUACAAAGGGAAAAAAUGUAAACAAACAUUUUUUUUAAGCAAUGAAUCUAAUUUCACAUGAAAAUUUACUUCCCAAUUUAAAAAAAUACGUCCAAUUUUUCCACUAUAUGGAAAGAUUUAAAGGAAUACGGCUUUUAUUACAAAAUACUACAUGACAAUGUUUUCUUUUGAUAAAUAUUAAGCGAUGUGAAUUCUGGAAUGGCAAAAACAGCUGUUUUUUCAUCUUUCCAACGGCAGUGAGCCGGGUGAGCGGGCUGAUUAGUGAAUGUAGUUAAAUGUAAUCUAAUCCCUUUAAAUUUUUGGUCUGAACAUGGUAUUAUGUACACUCACUAAUCUCAUGUAGUAAAACCAGCCGGACUUACGAAAAUCCAAAUAUUAGUUAUAUACUAUAAUGAUGUUUUAUUGAGAUAAUUCAAUAUCCAGAAUAAAGUCACCAGGAAGUUCGAAAAUCUUUCUAUUAGGUAUGUGGGGCUCAGGGAAGUAUUGACCCGAUUCAAUCCAUUUUUGAUACACAGAGAUGCUAUUGCCAGAAAAGUAUUUUCUCUGAAUUUCAAAUAUAUAUAUGUAUACAUUGAAAGAUCAAAGGGACAAAAGACAACAAUAUAUACUGGAGUCCACAUUUUCGGUAUUUGAGGGCUUGAACAUUUCUGAUUGGAUUUAAGAAAUUUUUAGUUACAAAGGUGUCAUACUUUUAAAGAAUUAUUAGCGCAAAAUUCUAUCCUCUGGUACUAAUUAUGUCGUGAUUUGUACACUGAAAAGUGAAAGAAACAAAUGGAAUUAAAAUUAUGUUAUAUGGGAAGUAUGCGUGAUUGUAAUACAAUUUCGAGAAGAAUGCAACGUAUUGUAUAACCUUUUCAUACCAUUUCGGAAGCAAAAUUUAAAGUAUCUGGCAUAAUUAACGGGUGAUUUUUUUGAGGUUAGGAUUUUCAUGCAUUAGUAUUUGACAGAUCACGUGGGAUUUCAGACAUGGUGUCAAAGAGAAAGAUGCUCAGUAUGCUUUGACAUUUCAUCAUGAAUAGACUUACUAACGAGCAACGCUUGCAAAUCAUUGAAUUUUAUUACCAAAAUCAGUGUUCGGUUCGAAAUGUGUUUCGCGCUUUUUUAUCGACAAAUUUUGUUCAGCGAUGAGGCUCAUUUCUGGUUGAAUGGCUACGUAAAUAAGCAAAAUUGCCGCAUUUGGGGUGAAGAGCAACCAGAAGCCGUUCAAGAACUGCCCAUGCAUCCCGAAAAAUGCACUGUUUGGUGUGGUUUGUACGCUGGUGGAAUCAUUGGACCGUAUUUUUUCAAAGAUGCUGUUGGACGCAACGUUACGGUGAAUGGCGAUCGCUAUCGUUCGAUGCUAACAAACUUUUUGUUGCCAAAAAUGGAAGAACUGAACUUGGUUGACAUGUGGUUUCAACAAGAUGGCGCUACAUGCCACACAGCUCGCGAUUCUAUGGCCAUUUUGAGGGAAAACUUCGGACAACAAUUCAUCUCAAGAAAUGGACCCGUAAGUUGGCCACCAAGAUCAUGCGAUUUAACGCCUUUAGACUAUUUUUUGUGGGGCUACGUCAAGUCUAAAGUCUACAGAAAUAAGCCAGCAACUAUUCCAGCUUUGGAAGACAACAUUUCCGAAGAAAUUCGGGCUAUUCCGGCCGAAAUGCUCGAAAAAGUUGCCCAAAAUUGGACUUUCCGAAUGGACCACCUAAGACGCAGCCGCGGUCAACAUUUAAAUGAAAUUAUCUUCAAAAAGUAAAUGUCAUGAACCAAUCUAACGUUUCAAAUAAAGAACCGAUGAGAUUUUGCAAAUUUUAUGCGUUCUUUUUUAAAAAAAAGUUAUCAAGCUCUUAAAAAAUCAUAUUUAGUUGUUGAUUUAUUUCACGUUCAAUAGCUUAGAACAGUACCGUUAUAUGAGACGUGACUGGGCUUAUCUUCCGAUUUCAUCCAUUUUCACACUGUCAGUAGGAGUUCUUGUAAUAUUUGCGCUGAGCAA